CUUCCCGGUGGAGUAAUGAUGGUAGCAGGUGGCUACUCGAUUCCUGCCUCCUCGAACUCACGUCGCAAGCGCGCAAACGUCGCCCAAGCCGCAAACACGCAAGCCUACUUCCUCAACACGACGUCGAACACUUGGAUAUCCGAGUACUCUCCUCCCGCAAAUGUUUCUGGAAUGCCCGCAGAACAGAGCACUGGCCCUCUUUCUAAGACGUCGCAAAAGGCCGGCCUAGGCGUAGGAAUCGGCAUUGGUUGCGCAGCUGUUGUUGGCUUAUUGGCGUUCUAUCUUUGGUAUAGUCGACGACUUAGGAAGCAAAGAGACUUCCGAGAAAAAGAUCUGAGGGAGCUGGCUCUUGGUGCUCAUCGCUACAACGCCGAAGGAGUCACACCGGGUGAGAUUGACAGGCGAGGUGGGAGCAUCGAAGCGGCUGAAUAUCUUGAUGCGACUGGCCAUGGUCCAUACCCAGUAGAUGUUACUCGAUCGAAAAGUUGGAGGGGAUCAGGAAAUCAAGAAGCUGAGCGUACUGGUCUACUGGUGGAAAUACCGAGUCCUACGAGAGGCCUUCGUCGAAGUUUGCCCGGACGCGGAAACCAUCACCUUAUCCCCAGAUACGACGAGAGACGAGCGCAAGGACCUGGUGAUAUUCAUCCUAUUGACGAGCUAGAAGAAGAAGAGCAGGACGUUACGACUAAAGCGCCAGAUAUGAGCGAGCGAGCAGCUGUUAACCCUCUCCGAACAUCCGCAUUCGCGAAUGCUCCGACUCUAGAUCCGUUUACCGACCCGAACCCUCUAAGCAGCCAUCCAGUCUCAGGCCUUACUCGAGACCUACUCACUCAGUCUGCUCCACCCUCUCCAGAACAUGAAAAUGCGGAUCACCCUCGAGCUUGGUCGCCGGAUUGGGACCUAGCUGCCAAUGCACUUCUGGCUCGUGGCCCCAGCCCCUACACUGGCCGAGUUUCUCCGGACAAAUCAGACCGCACAGGCUCGAAUCUCAGCGAGCGAAGCACGCGUUCAAACCUUUCUUCGCGCUCUACUGGGGCAGGGAGCGUAGUUCGAAGCGUCUCCAUUCGCUCGGCAGCUCUUUUGAACACCAUGUCAAACCCGUUCACAACACCAGAGAACAGCCCCACCCGCGAGAAGCACCAUCGACAGAGCGGCGGCUGGCAGAGUGCCCAAGAUCCCCGUACCCGAUCAUUCACGAGUACGCGGCCGAGUACUGCGAACGGUGACGCAGACUCAUUCAUCACUGCGCGAUCCAAUUUCGGUCAACUCCAGGCUGAAGGCGAAGCGCUUCUCGGCGGUCGACCCGAUACAUCAUACGAGUCGUCCUCAGGUUCCGUCGCCGGCUCAAACGGAUACCCAGAAAUGUCUGCCGCAACAACCACAGUGCUAACAUCAGCAACCUCUAUGGACUCUCGCCCCACCCGCGAACGCCGCAAGAGCUGGCUCGGUAGCGUACGCCGUGCUCUCGCCCGUUCAGCUGCAAUCUCACCUCCGGAGGACCGCACCAAAAGCUUAACCGCCUCCGCUCCAUACAGCGAGUGGACGGCUACCUCCCCUACUACGCCUAGUCAGGUCAGUCCAACCCGUAGUACAGCACCACCGCGCCGGGCAGCCUCCGACGCCAGCUUCUGGCGCUCGAAACGCGGCGCUCGCGACUGGGAUAUCGAUAUUGACGGCCCGUCUGAAGAAGGCAGACCUAAAUGGCGGCGUAACAGCGGUGAUGACUGGGGUGCUCCGGAGGAUGAGGAGGCCAGACAAAAGGAACAGCAGGAGGCGGAGAUGGACUGGGACGUUGAAGCAGCGGUAGAGGCAAGGGUCGUCCAGGUUAGCUUCACAGUCCCACGCACGAGGCUGCGGGUCGUCAAUGCAGAUGACGCGGCGAGCUUGAGGAGUGUGAGUGCGCUAAGCAGACUGGGAAGUGUUCGGAGUAAGAAGAGUGUAGAGAGGAGCGGAGGAAGUCGCGAGGACGUGAAAGAGGGCAUUCAGGAGGUCUUGAACGAAGAUCCUAGGGAAACAGUUCUAAGAACGCCAUCUCCGCCUCCAUCCCCGCCAAGAUCUCCUCCACGACCAACGGGGAGUCCGGGCUCGAAAGUCGCGGAACGUGUGAAGAUGUUCGAAGGGGGUUUGUAGAUAAGAUUGAUGAUUUGAUUGGCGGCUUUCUUGUAGGUACUUGUAGGGUGGAUCUUUGGACCUUCGCUUGGACAGCAGGAUGGCGUUAUGGAAUGGGAUCCGGUAUACCUGGGGUUUUCUGAAGCGUGGUGUUUCAGCGCUGCUGUGGCAGGUUUUUAGACCCUGAUUUUGCAAUUAAGAUACAUU